GGCAACAUGGCGGCGUCCAGUACCGCGGAGCAUUCUCCGGAGAUAUCGACGCCGUUAAAAAUACCGAAAACCGAGGUGCCAUCCCCCGAGUCGGAGGAUUUGAGUGACAGUAAUCAAUACCACUCCAAUCCCUCGACACCUAACCGCUUCUCGCCUUUGAACGUGGGCUCAGGGACGGCGGGCCGGACGGCGGCCUCGUCCUCCUCCAACAGCUUCACGGCUUGCCGGGGGAUGUCAUGGACCCCGUCCGAGACGAACGCCCUCAUCGCGGUGUGGGGCAACGAGAGGCUGACGGAGGCGCGGAUGCAGCAGCUGGAGGUCGCGGGCACCGUGUUCUCCGGUAAGGCCCCCGGUCCUGCCAUGUACGAGCGGGUGUCCAGAGCCCUGUCGGAGCUGGGAUAUGAGAGGACGCCGUCUCAGUGCAGGGAGAGGAUGAAGACGCUGCGCCGCUGCUACAGCCGUGUGAAGGAGCAUGGCAUCGGCAAAAGGAAGAGCAGCUACACUAUAGAGCAGCUGGAGAAGGUGUUCGGUCAGGGAGGCUGGGACUCCCAGAGUUGUGCCCCAGUGCUGAUUAACAGCAGUGGGCUGUAUCAGGAGAUGGAGUCUGAUGGCAGCACCAUGGAAGACUUCUCCCAGGAGGAUUGGUGUAACCAGGUGCUGGACUCAGCCUUCCAGGAGGGAGACAUGGAGACUGGUGAGUGUGUCAGCAAAGAGCAGAUGAACUCGGAAACAAUGCACUUAAACUAAUGUUUAUUUUUUUCUCUAGAGGAAAUCCAGGUGCCUAAAAACAGAGCUCUGCAAAUUCAAAUAGAGUUGUCAGAACAAACCCAAAAAAGGGACAUGAUGCAGACUGUGAUGCGUAUCCUGGAGUCGGUGCAGCUGAAAUGGGAGCACUUCCAAACAUGGACGGAGUUCUCACGGCUGCACCUCUCCAACAAACUGGCUAUCUUUGGCGUUGGCUACAACACGCGCUGGCGCGAGGACGUGCGUUACCACUACGCUGAAAUCAGCUCGCAGGUGCCUCUGGGAAAGAGGCUUCGUGAGUACUUCAACCCAGAGAAGCCAGAGGGCCGCAUCAUCAUGACCAAAGUUCAGAAGAUGAACUGGAAGAAUGUUUACUACAAGUUCUUGGACAUCACCAUCAGCGAGGCACGCUGCCUGGAGCUGCACAUGGAGGUGGACUGGAUCCCUGUGUCCCAGUCGAGGCCUGCAGGCUGCAGCAAAGGCACAUCCCACUACCUCCUUCCUGGGGACAUUCCCAAGGCGUACGGACUCUACGCUAUUGGCUACGAGGCACUGUCAUCCUCUCACGACAUUGCUCACACCUCCUCACAGGGUGAUGGUGAAGACCAUAGCUUACCUCAGUGCGAGUCAGAGAACGGAGAACAAAGUCAGGCUGAUGGAGAAGGUGCAGAGAAAUGUGACAGGACUGGGGCUAAAGUCACUUACUGCUACCUGGGCAUAGCUGAGGAUAGGACCAUACAGCAGAGUCUCUUCCAUCACUUCCAGGGAUCUGGCAAACACUAUGUCCACGGGGAACCCUCCGCUGUGACUCGUUUCCUGCAGGAGAACUGCCGUGGUGCUGCUACAAAUCAGAAUGGUGAGGGAAGUUUAGAGUCCUCUCAGCGUUAUGCCAUUUACAUCAAAUUCAUCGAGGUGGAGCUGGACUUCCUCUCAGCAGGCUCCCUGGUGGAGUGCCUUGAAACUGCUAUUGGUUGUUCCUUAAAGUACAACAACAAAGAAACAUUGUAACUACACUCAGUGUGUCAGUAUUGACUAAAGAUAUAAUUAACAAGUGUUACAGCCAGCAAGGCAACAAGAAAGGUGACCAAUUCUGUCUGUUCUAAAGCAUGGAUGUGUGCAAGAGUCUGGCAUAUUUUUGCAGCCUUUUCAACUCUGUUGAACUGACUUUUCAUUUGACCCUUAUUAAGUCUAAAAAGAAUGACGAUGCACAAUAUGGCAGAUGUAUUGUGUAGAAAUAUGGGAACAUUAGCUUAAGUAUUACAGAGCUGCAACAUCCAAGACAUAUGUACUUAUUAUUUAAGGCUAAUGUGCACUACAAAGGUUUCUGCUGCUUGUUUAGUGUAGAUAAAUAUUGCCUCAUCAGGGAGCGUGGGGUUGGCAAGGUGACUACUACAGUACAUGUCUGUCUACCUCAGUAGGAUGUAGCAAACAAGGCAGCGAGGGGACCAUAGGGUGGAUUCAUUCUGAAACUGCCUUAACUCUGACUGUUGAGGUCUGGACCUUAAUUCACAAAGCAUCUAAAAGAAACGGCCGAUUUUUAAAUUUAGUUUUGCAUGAUGACUUUGCUGCAGCUAGAGAUGCUUCCAUGCAAACAAGGGAGACAAAGUGAAAAAUUAGCAUUGGCCAAUGUGGAGACCACCUAUUUAAGCAGCAGUGUGAACAAUGGGUGCAGUUUAGGUGUAGUUUCCAUGAGGCUUGUAUUUAAUAUGUCAUACCUUUUAAGUCAACUUUCUCUUGGUCACGGAAAACUGACAAAGAUUAAUUGCAUCAUUAACUCAUCAUAAAACACACAUCAUUCAAACUGACAGCAAAAAAAUAAAACUCGCCCAAACCAUCUUGGUUAUUCUUGCUAGUAGUCUCGUUAGUAAGGCCACUGUACCAACAAUCACCAGCUCCGGUUUGAUUGAAAUAAAUCCUUAAUUCAUCAAGUUAAAUGUAAAAAACAUGCUCUCAUUCCCCACUGUCUCACUCUGCCUGUUGGCUGCCGGCUGUUUACAGUCCUGUAACAUCUCCCUCAAUCACUAGGUUUCUUGAUAUGCAACCGGAGACUGAGCUCUGGUGGUGCAUGCUGUGUAGUACAUACAAUGAGUUUAAUAGAAAGAGGAGUGUCUGUAUUUAUGACAGAAUAAAAAAAAAAAAAACAUACCUUCAGCUUCUCUAAAUACCCUGUAAUACCGUCACACUGUGAUAACGCCCAAGCCUAGUUUCCAACUAAUUUCCAUUCAGUUCACUUAAUGACACAUAUGACCAAUUAUGCUGACCUGUAAUGUACACUGUAAUCAACAGACCAGUGACAGGGAUCCCCGCACAUUGAUUUAUUUGUUGCAGCUCAUCAUGAUUAAAACUGCCACCACUUACUGAUUUCAUAUUUUUGGACCUGGACUGUUCAUUAUGAGAGCUAUUGGAAUAUGUAUGCCCUUCGGUUUUUGAUGGCACAACACUCUCGGAGCUCAAGGUGUAGUCUGGGCAGAGACGGAUCAGCAGGCCACCAGGCGCAGUGAAAGCGAAACUCAACAGUUAUUGUGCUUGGUCUAAAGCUUGCUUUCACUUACUACUGCAGCAGCUGCUCCUCUAAUCCAUCGAUCUGAUCUAAUCAGAUCAGCUCUGACUGGAUUAAUAGAUCAAGUACUGACCAUGCACCUCAAACUCCUCAAUAUGCAGCUGGGAGAAACUCAUGAUGAUUUUUGCCUUUGCUGCAUUUAAAAAGUCAAAUUCCAAAUUUAGAGAGGGGACACAGAAUGAUAAAAAAGGGACUUAAAC